GGUCUGAGGUUGGGUUGUCGGCCGCUUGGAGGAGUUGAGUGGACCCGGAAGGCAGGGCCCUGGGCCCGGGCCGGAGCCAGUGUCAGAGCCUGAGCUUGAGGCUGGUAGAUUGUAAAUCAGGUUCCCGUCGGCGGUAAGAUGGCGGCGGACGUGGCCUCCAGGCUCCGGCGGCAGCUGGAAGCCCCCCGCUUCGAGCCGGCCCAGUACGUGAAGCAGCUGUCGCAGCAGUCCGACGGUGACCGCGACCUGCAGGAGCACCGACACAAGAUCCAGAGCCUGGCCGACGAGACGGCGCAGAACCUGAAGAAGAACGUCUACAAGAACUACCGGCAGUUCAUCGAGACGGCCCGGGAGAUCUCCUACCUGGAGAGUGAGAUGUACCAGCUCAGCCACAUCCUCACCGAGCAGAAGGGGAUCAUGGAUGGCCUCACCCAGAUGCUGUUAACCGCUGACAGGGAGCAGCAGCAGGGGUCCCGCCAGCUGCAACCCCCCGUGGGCACCGGCGGCGGGACCUCGGCGUCCUCCCUCGGCUCCUCCAGCAGCAGCAGCACCACCACCGCCGCCGCCGCCGCCACCACCUCCUCCGAGGCCUUCCUCAUCCUGCCCCGGGAGGCCGAGGAGCACAAGCAGCGCACCCUCACCACCCUGCUGGAGAAGGUGGAGGGCUGCCAGGACAUCCUGCAGACCCCGGGCCGCUACCUGGUCUACAACGGCGACCUGCUCGAAUGCGAUGCCGAGAGCGCCGCUCAGAUCCAGAGGGUGCACGCCUUCCUCAUGAACGACUGUCUGCUGGUGGCCGCCUGGCUGCCCAGCCGCCGUGGGGCCGUUCGCUACCGCUACGACGCCCUGUAUCCACUGGAUAGCUUCGCAGUGGUUAAUGUCAAGGACAACGGGCCCAUGCGGGACAUGUUCAAGAUCCUCCGGUUCCCCGACACGCGGGUCUUCCAGGCCGAGAACGCCAAGGUCAAGAAGGAGUGGCUGGAGAUCCUGGACCAAACCAAGAAGAACAAGGCCCUGACUGAGCGCCUGGAGGUGGAGAAAGAGGAAGCCAAGGCCCGGUUGAUGGUGGCUGAGGAAGAGAAGCAACAAAGGCCUCUGUCACCAAAAACUAACCCGUUUGAGGAUGAGUCUGAUCCGGCCAUGGAGUUGGUGGACCUGAGCCUGGAAUGGAUUCAAGAGCUGCCCGAGGACCUGGACGUCUGUAUUGCUCAGCGGGACUUUGAAGGGGCUGUUGACCUGCUGGACAAAUUGACAGAGUACCUGAGUGGAGCAACCAGCCAGCCUGGGGUGCGUCAGCUGAGGAGUCGCGUAGAUCAGAGGGUCCGCCGCCUGACUGAUGUGCUGAUGUAUGAGUUGUCUCCUGGCCGCUCGCUUCGAGGUGGUCCACGGGCAACCCGCCGUGCUGUUUCUCAAUUGAUCCGACUGGGUCAAUCCACCAAAGCCUGUGAACUCUUCUUGAAGAACCGGGCGGCUGCUGUGCAGACAGCAAUCCGGCAGCUGCGCAUUGAGGGUGCCACCCUGCUGUAUAUCCACAAACUCUGCAACAUCUUCUUUACUGGCCUGCUGGACACAGCCAAGGAGUUUGAGAUGGACUUUGCUGGUGACAGUGGCUGUUACUCAGCUUUUGUGGUGUGGUCACGCUCAGCAACUCGGCUGUUUGUGGACGCCUUCAGCAAGCAGGUAUUUGACAGCAAGGAGAGCCUGUCGACCACGGCCGAGUGUGUGGAAGUGGCCAAAGAACACUGCAGCAAGCUCAGUGAGAUCGGCCUGGACCUCACCUUCACUCUUCAGAUGCUGCUGGUCAAAGAUAUCAAGGCAGCCCUACACAGCUACAAGGGCAUUAUCAUGGAGGCCACCAAGCACCGGAAUUCAGAAGAGAUGUGGCGAAGAAUGAACCUGAUGACACCUGAAGCCUUGGCAAAAUUGAAGGAGGAGAUGAAAGCCAGUGGCAUCACCAAUUUUGAUCAGUACACUGGUGACGACUGCUGGGUCAAUCUCAGCUACACCAUUGUGGCCUUCACAAAGCAACUGAUGGCCUUCUUGGAGGAAGGGCUGAAGCUGUACUUCCCUGAGCUGCACAUGGUCCUUUUGGAAAGCCUGCGUGAGAUCAUCCUGGUGGCUGUGCAACAUGUCGACUACAGCCUGCGCUGUGAGCAGGACCCAGAAAAGAAAGUCUUCAUUCGUGAGAAUGUUUCAUUCCUGUAUGAGACUGUGCUCCCUGUGGUGGAGAAACGUUUUGAGGAAGGAGUUGGAACACCAGCCAAGCAGCUCCAGGAGCUCCGCAAUGGAUCUCGAAUCAUUCGUGUCAAUCCAGAAAGCACUAAUUCAUUUGUGUAAGCUGCAGGAGUAUUUACAGAUGAAUCAAUGAUUGCAGACAUUCCCUGCACAGCCAUACAAUUUUUAUUAAUUGCUUAAACAGUUUAUGCGGCAUUAGUGUUAAUGGGACUUAUCAUGAACUUGCUACCUUAAUGAAUAUACAGCAUGAAGAUCAAUGUUUUCCAGUAGAUGUGAGCUGCCAGUUUCAUUUUCACUUCUCCUGUAUUUUUGUGACUUGUUGUAUUCCACUAGUAAAAACACUUGUGACAGUA